GAGCGAGGCAGCAGCAGCAGCAGUAGCACUUGGAGCUCGCUGCCACCUCAACAUGGAGUAGCUGGAGCCGAGCUCUUAGUUCCGAAGAGCGGGUUCCGUUGAGAGGAAUACCCGGCGCCAUAUAUUUUAUUUAUCUGCCAAAAAUAAAAAUUAUAAAAAAUAUAUAUAUAACACGCAAAUGGUAAAGCGGCUAUAUUUAGCAGAGUCACUGGGAAGCCCGGCUUUUAUUUGAAAAGAUGGCGAACGACUCUCCAGCUAAAAGUCUGGUAGACAUAGACUUGGCUUCAUUGCGGGAUCCGGCUGGGAUAUUUGAGCUUGUGGAGGUAGUUGGAAAUGGCACCUAUGGACAAGUAUACAAGGGACGUCAUGUCAAGACUGGACAGCUGGCUGCCAUCAAAGUCAUGGACGUCACAGAGGAUGAAGAGGAGGAAAUUAAAUUGGAGAUCAAUAUGCUUAAGAAGUAUUCCCACCACAGAAACAUAGCCACCUACUACGGUGCUUUUAUUAAAAAGAGUCCCCCAGGACAUGACGACCAGCUAUGGCUGGUGAUGGAGUUCUGUGGUGCUGGUUCAAUCACAGACCUGGUGAAAAACACAAAGGGAAAUCAGUUAAAGGAAGAUUGGAUCGCCUACAUUUCCAGGGAGAUUCUCAGAGGUCUGGCCCACUUACACGCCCACCACGUGAUCCACCGUGACAUCAAAGGCCAGAACGUCCUGCUGACUGAGAACGCUGAAGUCAAGCUCGUGGACUUUGGUGUGAGCGCUCAGCUGGAUCGGACGGUAGGGAGGAGAAACACGUUCAUCGGCACUCCAUAUUGGAUGGCCCCAGAGGUCAUCGCUUGCGAUGAGAACCCAGACGCCACAUAUGAUUACAGGAGCGAUCUGUGGUCAUGUGGCAUCACGGCGAUUGAGAUGGCUGAAGGGGCGCCCCCGCUUUGUGACAUGCACCCCAUGCGAGCUCUCUUCCUCAUUCCAAGAAACCCUCCACCCAGGCUCAAAUCCAAAAAAUGGUCCAAAAAGUUUUUUAGCUUCAUAGAGAGCUGUUUGGUGAAGAACUACACGCAGCGUCCUCCAACCGACCAGCUGCUGAAGCAUCCCUUCAUUCGUGACCAGCCCAAUGAGAGGCAAGUUAGGAUACAGCUCAAAGACCACAUCGACCGGACCAAGAAGAAGAGGGGGGAAAAAGAUGAAACGGAGUACGAGUACAGCGGCAGUGAAGAUGAGGAAGAGGAUCCUCCUGAGCAGGAAGGAGAGCCCAGCUCGAUCGUCAACGUGCCAGGAGAGUCGACUCUGCGCCGCGACUUCAUCCGCCUUCAGCAGGAGAACAAGGAGCGUUCAGAGGCGCUCCGUCACCAGCAGCUCCUUCAGGAGCAGCAGCUCCGCGAGCAGGAGGAGUACAAGCGUCAACUGCUGGCUGAAAGACAGAAACGCAUCGAACAACAGAAGGAACAGAGGAGGAGGCUGGAAGAGCAACAGAGGCGCGAACGGGAGAUGAGGAGGCAACAAGAGCGCGAGCAGCGGCGGAGGGAGCAAGAGGAGAAGAGGCGUAUGGAGGAGAUGGAACGCAGACGCAAAGAGGAGGAGGAACGGCGGCGAGCCGAGGAGGAGAAGAGACGGAAUGACCGUGAGCAGGAGUACAUCAGGCGUCAGCUGGAGGAGGAGCAGCGACAUCUGGAGAAGCUGCAGGAGCAGCUGCUUCGAGAACAGGCCAUGCUGCUGGAGUUCAAGUGGCGCGAGCUGGAGGAGCAGCGCAAGGCAGAGCGCCUCCACAAGCGGCUGCAGCAGGAGCAGACUUACCUGUUGUCAUUGCAGCACCAAUCUAAACAGCAGCCUGCCGACGUGUCCGAAACCCCCCUAGACUGUAAAAACCCUCCACAGACCUCGCUGCCCCCUGAUGGAGUCCACACCCCUUCCUCAAAUGCUGAGGUCCUUAACACUACUGCCCCUGGAGAGAGCGCUAACUCCCAAGCAGCAGUGCAACAUGGGAUUGAUGAGAGCACUCCCUCUGUUACUGAAACCCUCGCUGACUCUAAAACUCCCAAAGCAAAAAGUACGGAGGCUGACAGGCUCACGGAGCCUGCUACUCACCUCCCCCAGCCUGUCAGAGAGGCUGACGAGCGUUUCCGUAAGAACAUUCAGGGCUCCCCACAGUCUGCCCCUCCUUCCAAGCAGCCCCCUCUGCCUCCCCGCUCCUCUGAACCUUUCUCCAACGGGGGCCCCGCCUCGGAGGCCUCCGCCAUGCACCGCCCCAUGGAGCCUCAGGUCCAGUGGUCCCACCUGGCUGCUCUAAAGAGCAGCAACAGUGCAGCCCCCUCUCCUCCUCCUCCACCUGUGGUCUCUCGCUCCCAGUCCUUCAGCGAGUCUGGUGGUGUGAACUCUAGCUUUGCACAACUUCACCUGCGGUCCCAGGACCCCCACCAUCAUCAUCACCCAUUGCCUGCACGCCCCGACCCCCAACCUCCCCUCCACCACCCUCAGGCUCAGACCAGGCUUGAACGCCAGACCAGCAGUGAGGAGGUCCCUCCUAAGGUACCAGUGAGGACAACAUCCAGGUCUCCUGUGCUGUCACGCCGAGAGUCACCUCUACCAUUACAGCCCAACAACCAGAGGAGUGCAGGCAGUAGUGUGGAGCAGCGCCCCCUGUGGGACAGAGUGGAGAAACUGCAGUCUAGACCAGGCAGUGGCAGCUCCUCUGGAUCUAAUGCCAGCUCCCAGGCCAGUCCAGGCGACCGCUUCAGGCCACGUUGUGAGUCACCUGCUUCCUCUAAAUCGGAAGGAUCGCCUCUCCAGCGUCCAGAAAACAUCCUAAAAAAAACAGAUGAGAAGAACUCCUCCAGACCCACGCGACCCGCUGGUGACACGGACCUGGCGGCUCUGGCCAAAGAGCUGCGUGCAGUAGAUGACGUGCGGCCUCCUCACAAGGUGACGGACUACUCCUCGUCGAGCGACGAUUCCGGCACCACUGAUGAUGAAGAUGAGGAGGAGGUGGACCAGGAGGCAGGAGAUGAGUCUACCUCAGGGGCUGAGGACUCCAGAGCAGGGAGGCUGAGUAAUGGAGAGACAGAUUCUGCUAAGACCAUGCUGGUGGAGGACCUGGAGAGUGAACAAGCCACCACACCUUCCAAAGAUGGCACCCUGGUCAUCAGACAGAGCACAGCUGACAUAAAGCGGUUGGUCAGUCUCUCAUCUUCCUCCUCUUCCUCGCCUGGCCCUGGCCCAGGGCACGGCCUCCCAGAGAAAAACGGCUUUCCCGGCCACAUUCACUACCUACCAGACCUUAUCCAGCAGAGCCAUCACUCCCCUUCCUCUUCUACAACCAUCCUUUCCUCCAUCUCCAUGUCUCCCUCCUCCUCCUCUUCCUCCUUUCAGUCAUCUUCUAGCCAGGCCAGUCCUGGAAUGUGUCCACAAAUUCCCUUGGAUGAGCUCACUGCCAUAGAGUCCCAGUCAGAGAACAACUCAAUGUCCAAACACAAGUCCUCUUCGUCAUUCACACCCUUCAUUGACCCCCGUCUUCUUCAGAUAUCUCCAUCCAGUGGCAGCUCCCUGAACAACAUGGCUGGAUUUGGGCAAGAAGGACGCCUCCCAGACCCGCUGAGAGCCGACCCGUCCCGAAAAGGAUCCGUGGUCAACGUCAACCCGGUCAACACGCGUCCACCCAGCGACACUCCAGAGAUCCGCAAAUACAAGAAGAGGUUCAACUCUGAGAUCCUGUGUGCAGCACUGUGGGGAGUCAAUCUGCUGGUGGGGACGGAGAGCGGGCUGAUGUUACUGGACAGGAGCGGCCAGGGGAAAGUUUACCCCCUCAUCAACCGGCGCCGUAUCCAGCAGAUGGACGUCCUGGAGGGACUCAAUGUUCUGGUCACCAUAUCAGGUAAAAAGAACAAGCUGCGGGUGUAUUACUUGUCGUGGCUCAGGAAUAAGAUUUUGCACAACGAUCCUGAGGUGGAGAAGAAGCAGGGCUGGGUGAACGUGGGCGACCUCGAGGGCUGCGUCCACUACAAAGUCGUGAAGUAUGAGAGGAUUAAAUUUUUGGUACUGGCUUUGAAGAACUCGGUGGAGGUCUACGCCUGGGCACCCAAACCCUACCAUAAAUUUAUGGCUUUUAAAUCUUUUGGCGACCUGGUGCACAAGCCUCUGCUGGUUGACUUGACUGUGGAGGAAGGUCAGAGGUUAAAGGUCAUCUAUGGCUCCUGCUCAGGCUUCCACGCCGUCGAUGUGGAUUCCGGCGCCGUCUACGACAUCUAUCUGCCCACACAUAUCCAGACCAACAUUCAGUGCCACGCCAUCAUCAUCCUCCCCAACACAGACGGCAUAGAGCUGCUGGUGUGCUACGAGGAUGAGGGAGUCUAUGUGAACACCUAUGGCCGUAUAACCAAGGAUGUGGUGCUACAGUGGGGGGAAAUGCCAACAUCAGUGGCCUACAUUAGGUCAAACCAGAUAAUGGGCUGGGGUGAGAAGGCCAUCGAGAUCCGCUCAGUGGAGACUGGACACCUGGACGGCGUCUUUAUGCACAAAAGAGCUCAGAGACUUAAAUUCCUUUGUGAGAGGAAUGACAAGGUCUUCUUCGCCUCCGUACGUCAAGGCGGUGCCAGCCAGGUGUAUUUCAUGACUCUGGGACGCACCUCCCUAAUGAGCUGGUAGCCAACGCCACGGCAACCGACGACGACCGUAACCUACAACAGAGAGAGUAACACUCCUGAGCCUGACCUGGUGGAGCACCUCAUCCUCGGGGAAACCAGCCUGUUUGGACUGUUUAUGAAAAUGAGGCAGGGAAUGGAUGGAGGCAUGUUAGGUUUGUCCCCCCCUCCCUCCCCUCUUUAGGUCUGUAGUCACCUUGCUGCCCUCCCCUCGUCGUCCUCUGGGGGGGAGUGGUAGUUGUUGAUUUUUGUGUCACGGUAAAGCUUUGCAUCUUGUAUGUAAUUAAAGCGUGUUUCGUCUUGAAGGGA